AUGGCUGCAGCCAAGACAGAGAUGCUCCUGCCUGCUCUGCAGAUCUCCGACCCCUUGAGCUUCCCUCACUCCCCCACGGAUAACUACCCCAAGUUGGAGGAGAUGAUCAUGCUGAACUCUGCAGGGACCCCCUUUCUCAACGCCACAGCACCUGAAGGCGCUGUUUUUGGCUCCGGGGAGCCCGGGGAGCAGUUUGAUCACCUUGCUGGAGAUACGCUUUCAGAAAUUUCCAUGGAGAAACCUCUGUCAGAUCAGACCUACUCCACCCAACGGCUGCCUCCCAUAUCCUACACAGGCCGUUUCACCCUUGAACCCGCCACCAACUGCAGUAACAGUCUAUGGGCUGAGCCUCUGUUCAGCCUGGUGAGUGGGCUGGUGGGCAUCAACCCACCCCCAGCCUCCAUCCCGUCCUCAACCUCUCAGGCAACUCACCCCUCUUCCUCUUCCACGUCUUCCAUCCCCUCUUCGUCCUCGUCAUCCACAUCCAGCGCCAGCUUGAGCUGCUCCGUCCACCAGAGUGAGCCCAACCCCAUCUAUUCGGCAGCUCCCACCUACUCCAGUGCCAGCCCAGACAUCUUCCCUGAGUCUGGCCCUAACUUCUCAACCACGGUGGGCACCUCACUGCAGUACUCCUCAUCAACAUAUCCCAGUGCCAAGACCUGUAACCCCAGCUUCUCUGUGCCAAUGAUCCCUGACUACCUGUUUACACAGCAGCAAAGUGAGAUCAGCCUGGUGCCACCAGAUCAGAAACCCAUCCAGACACAAGCGGGUCAGCAGCCCGCCCUGACGCCGCUGCACACCAUCAAGGCCUUUGCAACCCAAACGGGUUCACAGGACCUGAAAAGCGUCUACCAGUCUCAGCUCAUCAAGCCCAGUCGCAUGCGCAAGUAUCCUAACCGGCCAAGCAAGACACCACCUCACGAGCGCCCCUACGCAUGCCCUGUGGAGACCUGUGACAGGCGCUUCUCACGCUCAGACGAGCUGACCCGCCACAUCCGCAUCCACACAGGACAGAAGCCAUUCCAGUGCAGGAUCUGCAUGCGCAACUUCAGCCGCAGUGACCACCUGACGACCCACAUUCGCACACACACAGGCGAGAAGCCCUUUGCCUGCGAGAUCUGUGGCCGCAAGUUUGCCCGCAGCGACGAGCGCAAGCGCCACACUAAGAUCCACAUGCGGCAGAAGGACAAGAAAGCAGAGAAAGGUGCCACUGCUGCAGUGCAGAGCUCAGUUUCAAACAUUUCCAUCUCAGCUUCCUCACCAGUGUCCAGCUACCCCUCUCCCAUCACUUCUUACCCCUCUCCGGUCUCCUCUUUCCCGUCUCCAGUCAACUCCUGCUACUCAUCUCCGGUCCACACCUCCUACCCCUCCCCGUCCAUUGCAACCACGUACCCAUCGGCCACCAGCACCUUCCAGACGCAGGUGGCCACUUCCUUCCCGACCUCAGUGGCCAGUAACAUCUACAGUUCUCCUGUCACCACCCCACUGCCCGACAUGCAGUCUGCGCUUUCCCCUCGGACAGCCGACAUCUGCUGA